AUGACCGACUUGCGAUCGACUCUACCGGUCAUAUUGGGCUGGCUCCCGUUCAGAAAGGAAAUCAAGAGCGCACUCGUCUCUUCUCUCCGACUGGGGCCGCUGCCCAAGCAUGUCGCCCUCAUCAUGGACGGCAACCGUCGUUUCUCGCGUCGACUGGGCGCAAAGCCUAUCAAAGGCCACGAAGCAGGCUUCGAAGCCCUCAAAUCUCUACUCGACUUUUUCUUGCACCUCGAUAUCACGACGGUGACCGUUUACGCAUUCAGUAUAGACAACUUCAGACGGACUGAGGAAGAAGUAGAGGGUCUCAUGGAUCUAGCGAGGAACAAGCUAGGCGAGUUGUGUCAGAAGGGUGAGCUGCUACAGAGGUACGGCAUACGUGUGCGAGUGAUCGGGAGAAGAGACUUGCUACCCAUCGAGGUGCAACGAGCCUGUCUAUCUGCCGAACGUCUCACUGCGCACAAUACAAGAGGAUGCUUGAAUAUCUGCUUCCCUUACACUUCACGCGACGAGAUGACCCAGUCAUUACGAUCUGCGAUCUCAGACGUGGGCGAUCACCUCAUCGAGCCAUCUGACAUAACGCCCGAACUGCUAGAUGAUAGGCUGUACACUGCCCAGACUCAGAUGGCCUAUCUGGAAGAACCGAGCGAGCCCGAUAUCCUCAUCCGGACGUCUGGCGUCUCGCGCUUGUCUGACUUUCUGCUUUGGCAAAUUAGCGACCAGACGAGCCUGCAUUUUCUGCCAAGAUGCUGGCCCGAUAUCGGUGUGGCCGACGUCUUGCCUGUCCUGCUAGGUUGGCAAGCAGAGCGGAUACGAGCAAACUUUAUAUCAGCAUUGCAUUGGUGA